CGUGCCCCUCCCUGCGCAGGUCGUUGUUAUCGCAAUUAUAACAAAGGUCAGGUAUGCAAGCAAACACCCUGCCAACGAGCCGUUCGUAAAUGAUAAAAAAACACGCCUAAGUCUCGGCGCUGAGAUACUAUUGCUCGUCUGGUCUUCGUAUUCUUAUUUCUUCAUUCUCUGUACCCGAAACAGCCGAUCUUUCACAUGGCCUCCAGUCUGCCGCCAAACGUCCACAUCUCCAAGCACCCUUGCCUGCGCGCGAAGUUGUCUCAACUGCGUUCCAAGUCGACCAAUGCACGUGAAACCAAAGCACUCGUCCAUGAGAUAGCUUUGCUGUUGGGCACCGAUGCUUUAUCAUACCUGCAUCUCGAGGAAGCUGGCAAGGAUGAGACACCCAUUGGAUAUGAAUAUACUUUCGAAACUAUAGACUGUAGCAAGAUCACCCUUGUGCCGAUUCUUCGGAGUGGUUUGGGCAUGGUCGAAGCCGUUCAAACCAUCCUUCCUGCCCCAGUGUCUGUACACCAUCUCGGUCUCUUCCGCGAAAAGUUGACCUUGCAGCCAGUCGAGUACUAUAACAACCUGCCCCAAUCCCAAGCGAAAGUUGCCAAACUGGCCAUAAUCGUGGAUCCGAUCAUUGCAACAGGCCAGACUUGCAUUGCUGCUAUUCAGUCACUGAAAGAAUGGGGAGUCGAAAAAGUAAUAGUGUUGAGUGUGCUAGGUGCAAUUCCUGGUGUGACCAGCGCAGCAGCAGAAUGGCCGGAAGGAACCGAGAUCUGGGUAGGAGGCCUAGAUGAAGGCUUAACCGACAAAGGCAUGAUCAAGCCUGGUUUGGGAGACAUCGGAGACCGCCUCUUCCUGACGCUAGGGAAAUGAUGUUGCCCUCAUGCUGGACCCCGUGAAUAGCUGGCAUUGUAACAGUGUUGGGUAUGACCAACUAUCAUCUCAGACACAUGAGCGCCUGAUGCCCAAAUAAUUGCUCAACCGUGCCUUCUCGUUUGAGCAGGUCUCCUAGCCAGUGCCUUGCACCAUCGAGAUCUUUGGCACCGAAUUUGACCAGGACGAAACCGCGCACCCUGGCUACGGUCCAAAGAAGACCUUCUGCUUGGUGUGCUUGGUCAGUAUGGGUCAGAGGUUCUUGUGUCCAGUUCUUGGCUCCGAUCCGAGGCUGGUUAGCGAACUCAUUCAUGAGAAAUUCAGCAAGUUUCCCAAAAAGUGUUCCAUAUACAAUGAGAGUGCCGAAUAUGGCCAUGUUGUCUGCCUUGUCCACCAAGCCCACACCUCCAAGACCGUCCUCAUGAAGCAUGACAGCAUCUCGAAGCAAAAGUCGUCCUUUCGACUGUCGAUCAAACUCUCUCACUUCAUUUCUGCCUUUCCAGCUCCACAGUGUCCAGCUCUCCCCAAGUGCUCGUCGGCCUUCGCUGACCCAGUCAAGCAUAAGCAGGUUACUAGUCCCUUCAGGCGCAACAUAGAAUGUCUGUUUCUGCUCAUAGACACUUUCUGCGAACGGCUGGGUUGGGUCGGGCAAAUAACACAGGGCGGCUCCGUGCCC